CGGGCCAGCCUCAAUAAUCUCGUCAAUUUCACCAAAUGAAUAUUACCGUGCCCCGAUUCCUGACGAGAAGAGAAAAGAAAUACAAAUUGUUAUUAUACGUUCUGAAAUUACGCUCGAGAUUGUUCAUCGUUGAUGGAAAUAAACCGUGAUUCGUAUCGAUUGUACGCAUUCAUCGUGGAGAUAUGUCGCUCGAAGCGUCGUUGAAACGUAUCCCCUCCCGUGUUUUCAAAGGCAAGGACACGGACACGAGGAAUAUGCUGUACAAUUUAAUAAUACAUCGACCUUUGCUAAACGAACUUCAUUCACGUCUUCGCUUUCGGAUAUUGCACAACUCGUAUCUCGUUUUCCUUACAUUUCUCGUUAGAGCAUCGACGUUUCAUUGGAUUUGAAAGUUGGAUUGGUGAAACUGUUUCGAGCGAGCAGCACAAGACUCCGCGUAUACAUCGUACAACAAUGUGCGACGAUUUAGAGGUUAGAAACAAUACGUAAAUAACUUGGAUAAAAAGUAACCGACUUCUUUUAAUCUCUCGUAUCUCGUUUUCAUUACAUUUCUCGUUGGAGCAUCGACGUUUCAUUGGAUUUGAAAGCUGGAUUGGUGAAACUAUUUCGAGCGAGCAGCACAAGAUUCUGCGUAUAUAUCGUAUAACAAUGUGCGACGGUUUGGAGAGGCUUAAGCUUCCAUUUCAAAUCUAGAGAUUUUUACCACGAAUCUCGUAGUAGCGAAGGGGCGCGAAAAAAGUCGAUGUCGAGAGUAAGGAAAAACGACAGUAUUUAUAAUCUUCGUUCUUCGAUGCAAUUUAAAGAGGAAGGCCGAGAGACUCAUUACUUUACAGCGGAACCUUAUCACCCAUGAUUGAGGUCGGUGACGAUGAUAACUUAGCAAUUUCCCACUGAGGUCGUGGUGUACCAUUCCCUCCCCCCUAAUCAGAUUUCUACAAAAUUUCGAGUACGUGGAAUUGUGAGGCAAAUGGAACGGUUUAGGAGGGGGCCGGAGGGUUCCGUUCCCUUUAAAUUGCCUCUUGCAUUGAAUUUUUCGAACUCUCCCCGAAGCGGCCAACUUUUCCCCGUUUCAACGAUUAUUGUCGUACAAAUAAUCUUCUCAGAGAAGAAUUUUCUAUCAUAACUGAUAACUCAAAAUAAUUCUGAUAAUCCUUGAAGAAGACCGAUAACUCUGUUAUAUCUUUGAUAUAACAUCAAAGAAUCGAUUUAAUUCAUAUUGAAUUCGAUUGAUCUCCAACAACGUGUGACGAAGGAUUAUCUUCUAAGAAGUAUCUAUAUAAUUCUACUGUUUCUUUACUCGUUAAGCUGACGAGUGCAAUGUAUUUGAUACCGGUCGGCCUGGUCUGUUUUCCAGUGGUGCCAGGUGCGAUGGCCGAACGGCGUAACGACGUAACGACGGGUGCCGCAUUGCCGAUGUCGUGCCUGCCGUAACUACCGUAAACGGGGUACGUGUACCCUCGUGUACCCACGCCAACCUUUGACUCUCUCUAGAGGUGGACGACUUAUCGACCUGGGUGCUGCUAGCCAGGCCUACCACCAGUCAGGCCUUUGUCUCAUUGAGAAAUAAUAAUAUCAACGCUAGGGAAAAAAUUCAACUUGUUCGUAAUCUUUAGAUAUUUUUAAUUCUUAAUUUUUUUUUUUUUGUUUCGAUUAAAAUUCGGUCGAAUCGCACGAAAAUUCGAUGACAAAUAUCGAAUAGCAAAGAAGUAACAUCAUCGUUUAAUAAUAAAAAUUUGAGCUACCUUUCACUGCACCAACUUCCCUACUAUAUGAUUCCGUAGAUGCGCUAUUAUAAAAUUGCAACGAAAAAUAAAAAUCUGAAGCGAUAAAUUUUCAUUUUAAACUUUGAACGAAUAUAAUUUAUUUAUAAGUUAAGUCAAUUAGAAUUUCAUCUCGAAAUUGUUGUUCAUUAAAACGUAUAAUUAAUUAUGCAUAGAAAAGUUUUCCUUUCCGCAAUUUCCAACUGUUGGUGGGAGUUUAGAUGAAGAUGUGGGGAUUAAGCGGUACGAAGUCUCUGACCCACUGACAUUCUCUUUAGUUACUUGGUAGACACAAACGUCGAUAAUUUGUGACUUUCAAGACUUUCAAUGUCCGUAAUCAGGAUUAUUUGUAGAAUAAUAUUUAAGAAAAGAAGGUAGCCACCUUCGAAAGGAACAAACGAUCGAUCAUUUUGAGAUGCGGUUUAAUCGCGGCUUGGUAACUAGUGUCGCUGCUUGCUUAACAGUUUUCUUCAUCAUUUUAAAUUUAAAAUCAACUAUAGAGACUGUAAACAAUUCAGGGAUAAAUAUAAAAGAGCCAUACGUUGGGGAACGUAAUAUCCACAAGGAUCAGACGUAUCGAUAUGUUACCCCCUCUCUCGCGGAAUUAGCUGCUCGUGGAGCUUUGCCGAAAAUGAAUAAACAUAUUUUAAUGCUGACUCGUGUACCCGACGCAGGAGCCGAACUGUUUGUCCUGUUGCUACAACGUUUGCAGGGUUACAAUGCAUUUAAGCAUAUACGAUUACCACCCGGUGAUCACGGGCUUCUAUCAACUUUGCAAGAGGAACUUUUAGUAGAAGAAAUUACUAAUAUCAUAAGGCAGGAAGCGAUUCCUUUAAGUUUCGACGGGGAUGUUAGAUUCUUAAACUUUUCAAAGUUCGGGCGAGUGUCUCCGUCAUUUAUUUCUUUAGUAAGGAAUCCUAUAGGAGUACAAAAUUUUCUGAGAUAUCACGAGAGACGAAGAAAUAUGGUGGAAAGUAGAGCCAUACCCAUAUUUUGUGGCCAAGAUCCUCGAUGCUCAGAAAUAAAUAAUAAAUGGGCGUUACAACGGGCCAAAGCGAAUGUCGUUGAAUGGUAUCCUGUUGUCGGAAUAUUGGAGUACAUGGAACAAUCGAUAGACGUACUGGAAUACAAAUUUCCAUAUUUCUUUCGAGGUGCUAAGCAUAGUUACAAAAAAAUUCAAUCAAAAAAUAAACAUUUUCCCGAUCCCACAUUUAUGUUAAAUUCGCAAGAAGGCUAUAAUAUUUUGUCUAAACUCUUUGAGGAUGAAAUAGAGUUUUAUCAAUGGUUGAAAUUACGACUUUUAAACGAAACAAUGAAGAAGAAACGGUGAUGGGAGCCAAUAUUCGUCAAGAAAGGAAAUUUUCUCACGUUUGUUUCGAAGAUAGAUACCAAAGAUAAUUAAUAUUAAAAAAAAAAAAAAUUUCCUUACAAAAAGGAAUAUAACAAGGUGAAUGAAUUAUUUCUUUCUCUUUUCUAUCUUUUUAUUCGAAUAUUAUGAAAUUAUAAAUCUUCUA